UAUCCUCGCAGCUCUAGCGAGAAAAAGUAGAAUUAAAGUGAAGGUCAGAGUCUCACUUCUACUGGAAAAAGAAUUGAAAAUCAACCAAAGCAUUUAUCUGGAUGUAAAAAUAAAGAUUUUUUUUUUUAUUUUUUUUUUAAAAUUUGGGUCAUUUCUUCUUCUUCGGCUCACACGCAUGUAGCUCCAUUUCGUGUUAGCGUUUUUCCAAAAUAAAUUACAAAAGAGCCAAAAGCCUCUCUGUAGUCUCAUUUCUCUCAUUGAUAAUUAUAAUCUUAAAUAUUUAAUCUUAAACUCUUCGAAACUUUCAUUUGGAUGCAUUAUGUCAUAAAAAAGGAAAAACAAACAAACGUGCAAAUUGAGCAAAUAAAACAAUAAAUGGAUAAAUUAUUUACAGGCAAAGACUGUUAGAUUAAAGACAGUGAAACAAAGAUUUUUACAUCAUAAACACUUAACAAUAAAUACAGACUAAAUAAUUAUGAUUUGGGUUGAUUUAAUAGCUUCUUAAUAUUCUUUUAUAGGAUACGUUACACAUAAAAAAAAAUCAAGAAACAAAAGUUUAGCUCGGUUUAUUUUUGUGAACUUUUGUAACGCGCAGAGUGAACAAAGAGAGCAGAUUAGCUCGUGCGCAAAAUUCAUGUAGAGAGCGGGAAAUACACGGGAUUAAAACACGCGCAGAUUAAACUCGCAGUGAGAUUAAAGCUGUGGUUUGAACACGAAGCGGUAACCGCGCGUGGAAGUCUCACCGACUCUCAGAUCCACUCGUGCGUAACUGGAAGAUGAAACUGAGAUAAUAGACCUGCGCACUGUGGCUCGCGCGCAAUAACAGAAGAAAACCGCGAAAGAGCUGCAGGUGUCACACGUUGAGGGGAGGGGGAGUGGGGCACAUUUAUGGUCACUUUAAAUGAAAAAACAUCAAAUUCAGUUCCAAUAAAGAGCGAUCUGAAGGAAAGCCGCUGUGAGAACUCUGACAGGUGGCCGCUCUUUUUCUUCUUCUCCUCCGGGUAAAUAUGCGCCGUCGUAAAUCAGGUGAUGAGUUUGAUGUUUGGAGGAAUUUGGGCUUUGACUCUAUCCAGCCUCGGAAACAGAAUCCGCAGCAGCAGCAGGUCUGAACCAUUUUCUCUGCUUACCUCUAAUGUCAAUUACCAUUGUUGGCUGCUGUGUCCGCGUCGCUCCGCCCCUCCAUGUGGGUCCAGCGGGAUAAGGGCAACUGGUCUCCUCCUGCUGCCGAUCAGCUGGACUUUUUCCCAGCGACACAGAGGAAGCAAGAAGCCGGAGGGAGGGAGGGGGACGCAGGCAGAGAGCCGCCAGAGAGAACCGAGCACAUCCAGCCGCACGCAGCAGGAGGGCACGGGGUGGCCGCACCAUGUCCUUGAGCCCAAAGCACUCCACUCCCUUCUCAGUCACAGACAUCUUGAGCCCGAUGGAGGACAGCUACCGCAGGUUCGGAGUGAUGGACCCCGCAGCGGGGAGCCUCGGAUCCCCGCUGGGAGCCUACCGGCAGCCGCAGGUCUCGCAGCCCGGUAUGCAGCAUCAGCAGCAGGCGCACCAUCAGCAGCAGCCGCCUCACCUCCACCACCAUCACCAUCAUCACCACCACCACCACCUGUCCUCGUCCUCUUCUUCAUCAUCCUCCUCCUCUUCAUCAGGCUCGGCCAGCGCAGCAGCAGCCGCCGCUCUGGCCCCCGGCGGGCCCUACCACGUGCCCCACGGGGUACCGCAGUUCUCCGGAGCCGUCGGAGGGUUCUGCAACGGCGGCAUCGGGAACGUCGGAGACCUGCCGUCCUACCAGGAGACGGUGAGAGGCGGAGGGGCGGCAGCGGCGGCGUGGUACAGCAACCCGGAGCCCCGAUACCCGACAAUUUCCAGAUUCAUGGGCCCCUCCGCGGGGAUGAACAUGCCCGGGAUGGUGGGCAGUCUGGCCGGGAUGGACUCCACCGCCAAGUCUAUGGUGACGCUGCACGCGGCACCGCGCAGGAAGCGACGCGUGCUCUUCUCGCAGGCGCAGGUGUACGAGCUGGAGCGGCGCUUUAAGCAGCAGAAGUACCUGUCCGCACCGGAGAGAGAGCACCUGGCCGGACUCAUCCACCUCACCCCGAACCAGGUGAAGAUCUGGUUUCAGAACCACCGCUACAAGCUGAAGCGGCAGGCCAAGGACAAGGCCGCGCAGCAGCUCCAGCAGGAAGGCGGCGGCGGGGGCGGAAGCUUGUGCGCAGCGACACGCAGGGCUUCGUCUGUGUCCCCGGUCCUCUCCAAGAACUCUAAGGGCUGCCGGACUGACUCGAGUGGGUCGAACCACAGCGGGAACAGGCAGAGCAGCGUGGGGGAUGCCAUGGCGGAGAGCGCGCAACAGCCGCAGGUGAACCAGCUGUCCUCCACCGAGGAGCUGGAGGAUUUGUCCCCCAGCCCGCCGCUGGGACUGCACGGGCAGAUCAACAUGACGCAGACGGACGCUGCGCUUAUUGAGUACACCAACAGCAUGAUCGGCUCCAACUUACUGUACGGCAGAACUUGGUAGUGAUGCCGAGAGGAGGGCAUCAUUCCGAGUGGAGUUUUCUGCAGGACACGCGCCAAUCUUUUUGUUUUCCUUCCGUGCGUAAAGGUGCGGCUCCUUCUGCACACGCAGUGACUCAAAGGCGGUUUUGAGCAAUAAAAAGUGCACAAAUCAAACUGUAAAUUCGAGCCGCGGGCUCGCGCUGACUCUUGAUGAUGGCGCGUUUUCUUCUCACGUUUCUAAACGAAACAUUUAAGUCUUUUCUCUCUCUAUCUUUUUUUGGUAUUUGCCAGACGUGACAGACUGAACGCAGAGAAACUUUAAUUUAAGGAGCUUCAGGACGAGGCUUCCGGCGCCUCUCACAUGUUUUUUUUUUUUCCAUUUCCAGAACAAACUAAAUUAUUGCAGGUUCAACAAAGUGGAGCAAUAGAAGCCGCUCAUACAGACAAAAACGAACUGAGGCACAUCAUCAGAGAUCCUUUGUUAAAGCUGAUUUUCGUUUGUUUACAGUAUUGAAUAAAUCAUAUUUUCAUUUUGGACCUUUUUAUUUUUCUAACGCAUUUCCAUCAAUACAGCUGUAAUUACCAACAGGACGGCAUUUACUUGGGCAUGGAAUGGAUUUCUAUCAAAUUUCCACCUUUAAAUAUCCCAAAAUAUUCACCAAAAAGUCUAAAUGAACAACAAUCUGCAGUGAAACUGGGUAAAAUGAACUAUUUUGCUUGUAAGACUAUCCUGAGUCUAUUAGGACAGUUAUGUUUUUUUAAUAAGUGACUUUACCUUUAAUAUUUAAACUAAAUUUAAAUGGGUUUAUUUAUUUAUUUUUAUUUUAAAAAAAAGAGAUUUCUGCUCAGACAAAUAUACCAACAUCACUGAGAAGAAUUUAUUUUCAUUUUUGAAACACAUGAGCCAACUUGGAGAGGUUCCUCUCAAAAACACAGCGGGACACUUUGUCCUUCACUCACUUGCAUUUUACAAGUUUAAGAGGCUUCAUCAUAAAAAUCAGAGAUUACAUAACACACUUUUUUUUUUCCAAAGUAGAACAAUAAAGGAAAAAACAUCCUUGUACAAGACAAUAAUAUGAAA